AUGACGCUAUUGCUUGAGGCGCUUGAAGCCACAGACAAGGAGCACGCCGAGUUGAAGGGCUUCGAGAGUCUGAUUCGUGCUCAUGCAGUGGAGAGUCUGAACGACUUCGUGACCUGCGAUCGAUCCUGGUUGAAGUCGCCUGCAGUACAGGUCGUCAUGCAACGCACAGUAACGCAGUUGGUCAGCAACCGAGCGUACCUUCUGCAUGCCGUCCUUGCAGUGUCGGCUGCCCAUUUGGCUUUCUACAAGCCAUCAGAAUCCCGCAGCUACUGGAUGGCAUCUGGAGCACAUUUUCAGCACUCGAUUAUACUACACGCCGAGCGUAUGCAAGCGAAGAUAAACGAGCAGGACGUCGACGCCUUGUUCUUCGCCAACCUCAUCCAUUCUAUUCUUGCUUUCCUCUACUCGCCUUUACCUCUCUCGCAUAGCCAAAAGGAUUCAUUGACAGGAUGGAUCAUGUCAAUGCGAGGUACACAUCUACUCUUUACGAUGCCAGCCGCGGUGGAGCAUCUGUCGCAAGGCUGCUGGGCCACUGUGGUGGAAGAGCAUAAGACCUGGCAUAGACAAGCUAGAUUGGCUGCUGCAUGCGCAUCUUCCAGUAGGACCAGCAAUGCGACUGCCGCCCUGUUGCAGUACUGUAACAGAGUACCUGGACCAGAGCGGGAAAGCUAUCUUGAGCGAGUCCAGACUCUUCGGAUGAUGGAACUCGAGACCGCCACGUCGCAGAGCAUAGGCGGCCUUGCGUCGUUUAUAACCGAAGCUCCUCGAGAGUACAUACUUCAAUUGAAGGCACAAGACGAAGUAGCGCUGUUGCUGUUACUCCGCUGGUGUGGUCUUUUCUCUCGGAUUGACCAGUGGUGGAUUUCACGUUCAGCGAAAUCAGAAUACGGACGCCUUUACGCCCAUCUAUCACGCAAUGGGUCUGAGGAGAUCCAAGCGCUUCUGGCUUUGAUGUGA